AUUGACCUCCAUUCCAUCUGCCUCUCCCAUCACACAACCUUCCGGGUCACUCGAGCAGCACUACACUCCCAGGGUAACUAGCGUUAAUCCUCAGGCUGCUACUUAGUAACUUUCUCCUAUGGCCACCUCGUGCCAGCCGCGAUUGCGUAGCUCACACCGCCUUUCUUUCGGUCCAUCGUUACUAAUCCUGUCUCGCGUCGUCGCGGCGCUGCUAUGCGUGCUCGUCCCCGCAGUCACGUCGCUCGCUCCGAAACCUAAGCAAGAGCUCUGCGACCUGUCCCGCGGCGCAUGGAUGCGCUCCCCGCGCCGCUUCCCGCGCUACACCACAGUCGCGGGCCGCCCGUCGACGUGUCCGUUCGUGCGGUCGUCGUACGCGUGCGAGCGCAACAACCGGCCAGACCUGCGGUACCGCGAGUACCGGUGGCAGCCGUUCGACUGCCCCAUCAGCUACUUCUCCCCCUCGGGCUUCCGCUUCCUCAUGCGCAACCGGCGCAUGCUGCUGGUGGGCGACUCGAUGAUGUCGAACCUCUUCGAGGCGCUGCUCUGCUCCAUCAGCAGCGCCGGCUACGACGGACAGCCCUUCAAGCGCAAGACGAAAGGCGAGUGGAGCAUCAAGGGAGUGCGCUUCCCGGCGUUCUCCUUCUCCCUCGAGUACUACUUCUCGCCCUACAUUGUGCGCGCCAGUCGCCGCUCCAUCCGCAACGGAGUGACGGGCAAAGGCGGGCACGGGUUUGACGUGUAUGUGGACGAGAUGGACCCGGUGCUGGAGCACGUGAUGACCAACUACAGCACCGUCGUCUUCCACUCAGGCGUGUGGUGGCUGCAGAACGUGCCGCGCCGCACGGUGCCGAAUCUCUUCUUUGCCGGUGGGACACAGCGGAACCUAACCAACAUCGCAGCACACACAUGGGCCCUGUCCACUGUGCGCUCCUUCGUCAAGAAGAUCGACUACUCGGGAGUCCCAUUCUUCCUCUCCUUCUCUCCAAAGCAUGCGGGCGCUGGCGAAACACAACCCGGGGUUGAAGGAAGCGGAGGAGGUGCAUGGGUGGGUGCUUGUGGUGCUCACGUGCCUGCCUCAAGCACCUUUGUGCACUCAAGGUACUCAGACUCUUUGGACACCGCAGAAGAGUAUGCGGCUGCGCAGAAGAGUGUGUUCCAGGGUUCGCCAGUUCGCUUCCUGGAUGUCACAGGCAUCAGUGCCUUGCGGCCAGAUGCACAUCUAGGGGUAUGGUGGCACUCUAGAGACCAGUCUGGACCAAACUCACCCCAGGAACAAGGGGAGUUGCCAUUUUCCGGGGACUGCACGCAUUGGUGCCUGCCUGGCGUACCGGACAUGUGGGUGGACGUGAUGUACACCCACAUGAUACUCGAACCAAGCCUGUUUUAGAAAGUAAAAAACUGAGCACGCACACGCAUCAAAGCUUGCCUGAGAGCAGCCUCCAUUGAUUCUAACAUCGACUCCUUGUUUCUAACAACACACUGCUAAUUUUCAGGCG